AUGAAGGGUGAAAUCAAGUUCUGUAUCAAAGAAAAAAACAGGACUAUUAUAGAACUAAUAUCGAAAGACAAACUGAAAGACUACUGUUGUACUUUAUAUGUUCAAAAUAUCCCUACCAAUAUUUUCCCGACCACAGGUUCGUUAAAGAGAUUUUUCAAUCAAGAUAAAAAUAUUGUGGACAACGUUUGGAAUAUUUAUGAGUAUAAGGAUCUUGAGAGUAUGAUUUCAAAAUUUCAUGCGCUAAGAAACAAACUUGAAAGUUUAGAGGUAGAAUACCUUCGGUACGAAAACGGAUUUUCAUCCAAAAUAAGGAAGGUCAUCUUUACAAAUAAACCUUUAGUUUUAAACCUAAAUCCAAAAUUGAUGAUCACAAUUCCAUCACUUUCGGAAAGGGUAGAUAGUUUCGAAUACUUAUGUGACGAAAUAAAAAAAAUAUUAAAGGAAAUCGAUACAGCCCAAAGAGAACCACUCGAAAGAGAAGACAGAGAAUGUGAUGAUCUUCUGCUAGGAAACACUGCCUUCGUUCAUUUUAAAACCCCAAUACAGGCUGCCUUUAUGCAUCAAAUUAUCUUGAGGGAAAACAUCGAGGAAAUGAAAUGCAAGAUUAUUUGUUUAAAUCCCAAAGAUAUUAUUUGGGAUAACAUCAUGAAAAGAGAUGAUAGUGUCUCGAGUCAAGCAAGGGAGAUAAUUAUAUUUUUGGCUUAUUUUGCGGUCACACUAUCUUGGGUUUUACCAGUAGCUAUGGUCGGUUCAAUAUCACAAUUGCCAUACCUCACAGCUUUAAUUCCUACUGUGCGUUGGAUCAACAAGUUUCCAAAAUUUAUAAAGGGCUUUAUUGCUGGUAUACUUCCUUCAAUAUUGUUGGUAUUUUUAACAGGACUGGCUUUACAAAUAUUUCGUCUUUUGACCAAUCAUCGUCGAAUACUCACAGGAUCAUCACUUCAGACUCACCUUCAACAAUGGAUGUUUUUGUUCUUACAUUUUCAUCUUUUUAUAGUCAUCACCAUAUCUUCAGGAUUUAUUGUCGUCCUAGAGAAUCUCGUAUACAGACCAACUACCGUGCCAUCCAUGGUUGCAAAAGACAUCCCGAAAGCGUCAAAUUUUUUCUUCUCUUUUUUUAUUUACAGGGGAUUAAAUCUUUUGGGCAAUGGUCUUCUUCAAUUCUAUAGAUUUAUCACCGAAGUUAUUAUAUAUCCCAAGGUUAAAGAUAGUACACCUCGGAGUAUGAAUGAACGGGAAAAAGGCUAUCAACGUUUUAACCCUAAUUGGGGAGAAAUAUACCCAACCUUUUCGGUCUAUGGAAGUAUUGGGUUAGUAUAUUCAGUGAUAUCACCAUUGGUAUUACUCUUCUGUUGCAUUAAUUUUCUUUUGGAUUUGAUCACAUACAGAUAUCUACUGGCACAUGUCUUUAACAAGAAUGAUAAAUGUGACACAUAUGGAAAGCUUUACCCAAUGGCUUGGAGACAACUUUAUGCAGGGAUAUAUUCACUUGAAAUAUUUCUCAUGGGAUUACUUUUUCUGGUCAAAGAUGAGGAAGGAAACAAUACUUGUUUUCUGCUUGGCAUAUUGAUGAUAAUAGUGUUAGGGGCGACAAUCUGGGCGCAUGUUUCCAUUAACAAAAAAUAUACAAGGAGUAUAGAGGCAGUUCCAUAUGAGACAAUGAUUGGUCUAAUGGAUGCUAUAGCAAAGAAGUCUAGCACAGAGCUAGAAACUAACGACAAAAAAAAGCUGAGACUUGAAUAUCUUCACCCCGUGUUCCAAUUUAACGCGAAAAACCAGAGAAUAUGGAUUCCAACAGAUCCAGUAAAAGCAUAUAAGAUGGAAUGCAAAAAAAUAAGAUCAAUGCAACUGGAACCCCAAGUAUGCGGAUAUCAACUAAACCCUAAAGGUAAACUAGAGAAAAGUCCAAAUUAA